AUGGAUAAAAGUUCAAUUUUGAAAUUCGUUUCAAUGAAAUUGUCUCGAGUACGAUUUGUCAGUGAACCAGAAGUACGGGAUAACCAAUUGGUUGUUACUGGUAGUUGGUUAGAAGAGGUGAAUCGUAUUUGUUUAUGGCAAUACAGUAUUGGUUCAGAUAUCGUCAAAAGAAUUAUUAAGCCAGUAUCAGAGAAAGAAGAUUGUACUUAUGCUGGUGUGAUAGGUGACUGUGCUGAUGAACCGCGUCUUUUGUGCUCCCUUAUACACAAGGGUUCUAUUCAAGAACUUAAGGUUUAUCAUCCUUGUCGAGUCAUUUUUUCUGCUAGUUCUGACGGUACUCUCAGACUAUUUCAAGCUGAUGAUGGUGCUCAACCAUAUCUUACUCAACUAACUGCAAAUGAUUGGAUGCCUAUUGGGCAAGGUGUCCUAUGUGGUAAUCUGUCAGCAUCUUUAUCCUGUCUCGCGCUCAGUCCUAACGGUACACGUGCAUAUGUAAGCAAUGAUUUCGGUAAAUUGGCUGCUGUCGACGUUAAUCGUAUUCCUGGUCUCCAUAGUCCCAUUCCUGCUAGAUAUAGCAAAGAUCCAGUAUUCAUAUUAGGAGAUAAUAAUUGUACAGUCAAUGCAUUGCAGUGUGUCGAUAAUUCUACGUUGGCUACUGUGGACCAGUUAGGUCGCUUGGCGUUAUGGGAUUUACGCACUGGUUCACAGGAUCCACAGUGUAAAUAUAUACGACCUGGAGGAAAUCAACCGCUUCUCUGCAUUUCUCAACAUCCUGGACAACCUCAUGUAUUAUGUGCUGGUGGUUUUUCUAAUUCUGACUCAGCUGCUUAUAUAUGGGAUACAAGGGCUAAAGAAUAUCCAUUAACUUCUAUAUCUUUUGAUGGUGAAAUAAUAUGGGAAACUGCUUUUCAUCCACGUCGACCAAAAUAUUUAUAUGUGGCUACAGAAAGAGCUGGCCUAAUUUGCUUUAGAAGUGGUCAUUCAUGGGUUUAUGACAACAGAUCUCGUCGGAAGUUAAAUUCGUCCUCCGCUUUUCCCAAUGGUACAAAAACUAGAAGUGCUACUUCCUUAGAUAUUUCUGACACACUGUUAAUAUGUAGUCAUUCAGUAGACAUUUUAGAGAGUUUUUGUUGUGAUGCUUCUUUGUUUUGA